UCCGCUGAAAGUGAAACCCAGGAACAGUCGAGAACUCAAAGUUAGACUUGAGGAAAAAGUUUUGUCGAGUUGAAGAAGACGAAGAGUUCCGCUCUGUGAAGGCGAAGAGAAGGAGACAGACGAGUCCUCAGCGGAAACCUUUUAACUUCCACUGACCUUUGAGCAGAGCACCUGGCUUGUGUGGGAGGGAGUGGGCCUGUGAUGGAUAGACUGAAGCUGUCCCGCAUAGAUGAGGAGCUGGACUCCUCUGAGGUGGCAGCACUUUGCUUCUUGUGUCUUGAUGUUGUCAACAAGAAACGCUUGGAGGGGAUCAAGGAUGCAAAAGGGCUGUUCUUGAGACUAGAAGAAAAGGGUCUGCUGGAAAACAGUUUGUUCCUUUCUCAGCUGCUCCAAACUAUCCGUCGAACAGAUCUCCUCAGCUACCUGGAGACAGACAGCAGGCAACCAGAGGAAACAGAUGCCAGUCCCACCCUGUCGAGUUACAGGGUGAUGCUGUACAACAUAUACGACGACAUGACUCGGGAGAAUCUUGAGAAGUUGAAGUUUCUGUUGAGCAACAAGUUAAACAAGAGACAAAUAGAGGCCAGCGAUACUGCAUUGGAUUUAUUCAUUAAAAUGGAAAAGACCGGUUUACUGUCAGACACAAAUCUCCUGGAGCUGCAUGGAGCUCUGCAGGAGUUCGAUCAACAACUGGCCUUGACUGUGCAGAACCAGAUAACCCCACAGGAUCAGACAAGAGUACUGCCUCAGGUCAGUAUGGAUUACCAGAGUGUCAACAACCGCUCUCAACCUUCACUGUCCAUAUCAGAGACUUGGCCCAGUUAUGAUCAAGACAGAAUUAACUGUGACGCAGAACCAAAUGAAGAGCCAUCCUCUCUUUCUGAUGAGUCGGAGUACUACACUCUGAAACAUAACCCUCGUGGUUUGUGCGUGGUCAUCAACAAUGAGAAAUUCCCGGGACUACAGCUGAAAAAUAGACCUGGAACUCAGGAGGAUGCAAAGGCUCUGCGUUCAGUGUUCACCCGCCUUGGCUUCACAUUGGUGUUACUGAAUGACAUGACUGCUGACGCCAUGCGACAGGAGUUAAACAAUCUGGGCAGAAAUAACUUUAUUGAUCAUGAUGCCUUGGUGGUUUGUGUGCUCUCCCACGGAGAAAAGGGAUGUGUCUUUGGGAUAGAUGAGCAGGAGGUGUCACUGCGAGAAUUGACAGAGCCCUUCACGAGCAAAAGAGCCUGCACCCUGGCAGGGAAGCCCAAACUGUUCUUUAUCCAGGCAUGCCAGGGAAGUGGCUACCAGAGAGGAUCCCUGCCAUGUCCCCCGACACCGAGACAGGAGGAGGAGGUCAAACAGAGUCGUCUGGAGGAAGAUGCAGGCCGCAUCCAUGGUGAGACGGUGCCUUGGGAUGCAGACUUCCUGCUCGGCAUGGCCACCGUGCCUGAGUGCAGAUCAUUUCGAAACACUAGCACAGGCUCCAUCUACAUCCAGGAGCUGUGCAGGCAGCUGGUCCGAUCAGCAGAAAGCCUGGAGGAUGAUGACAUACUAGCUGUUCUGACACGUGUGAACAGGAACGUCAGCCGAAAAGAGUAUUUGAACUUCAAACAAAUGCCGGAGCCCAAGUACACUCUGACCAGGAAGCUUGUCCUCAAAUUUGUAUGAGCUUACUGCAACCAAGUGCAAUUCCAAAUGCAAAAAAGUCCAACUGCAAAUGUUUCCUCAUCCUCAUUCCCUCAUCCGUGUGUGUCUGUUUUGGGGUGUUUGUAUGUUUAUUGUCCCUGUAUGAUACAGAUUGCUGAAUGAAUUUGUUGUUGUUAUCCUGAGAAGCAGAUUUCCGUUUAUUUAGAGAACAAAUCACUGCAGCAAAUUAAAACGCUUACUAAAGUCUCUCAGUAGAAAUGUAAUAUUUGAAAGAUUAACAUUCAUUCCCAUGUGAUUCAUAAAUCCUAAACACAAUGACACAACCUGAAGAGUAAUUAUUUUCAACGUUUGCAUUAUUACAUUAGUGAAUGUACAUUGAAUACAUUUUACAUUUUAUGUAAAAACACAAACAUCAUCAAGAAGUACCCUCUUUUGUACCUCAGGAAAAAAAUAAGUACGUGUUUAAAUAUACUAAAAGUAUUAAAAGUGAAAGUACUUUUUUACUUUAAGAGUGUUUUUAAUUACAUCAUUAUGGGUGAGUGUCAUCCUCUGGAUUCAUUUCAGUUUUUUCAUCUUCACCAGUGAUGUUGCUGGUUUAAUGUGACAUGUCUGCUCUGAUUGGAUCAGUGGAUCAAUUCCAUUCUAUGAAAUUGAUUACUUUUUAAAAUAUAAAGAUAAAACCAAUGCAAGGCAAAGCAUUGAAAACUUGUAACGGAGUAUUUUCUGAUAUAUAGUGAAAGUGCAAAGUACUGAUACAUGAACAAUGUACUCAAGUAAACAACGAACGAAAUAAAUGUAACUUCUGGU